AUGAUAUUCGUGAUUAUAGCCGGUAUAAUUUUAGCUACCAAUUUUGUGUUUUUAAUUUUGGCGUUGGUGUACACAUUGAAGAGCAAAGGAAAGGACGGCUUCACUCCAAGACUUUCGCUAGCCCCAUCCAUUCUGUCUAGUCAACUUAAUGGGCGACACAGCAUACAACCUCAGGUGGCCAUAUUCCAGGCUGUCGUGCAGCUCAAUUCGCCGAACGAUGUACAAAGCUUAGAAAAGAAGCAGCCACUAGAAGAUACUACAAAAAAGGGAUCCUCUUUAUAA